AUGACGUUCUCGGGCGUCGCCGGAGCAGCCGCGCGCCAGCCCAAGGCGCUGCUGGCGUCGGGCGCCGCGGCCUCCGACAUCAAGGCCGAGGCCGUCUCGGCCGUGCAGCUGCGCGUGGGCGACCUCUACUGGAAGCAGGACGGCGCGUUCGGCUGGACGCUCGGCCAGGUCUCGGCCUUCGACCGCAAGCAGCAGCGCGCCACCUUCUGCCUCAUCGACGAGGCCACCGGCGAGCAGCUGCGCCGCAGCGACGACGAUACUGGCGGUGAGCGCGCCGACCUGGAGCUCGAGCAGCAGAUCGACCUGCAGCAGACGCCGCUCUUCGCCGCCAACCCCUUGUUCAGCACGGCGUCGGAUAUGACGUCGCUGCGCCACCUGCACGAGGCGGCGCUGGCCAAGAACUUGGAGGACCGCGCGGCGCUGCAGAACCAGCGGCCGUACACGUUCAUGGCCAACGUGCUGAUCGCCGUGAACCCGCUGCGGCAGCUUCCCGAGCCCGACAAGAUGCUGUUCGUGGGGCAGCCGCUGGACCGCUGCCCGCCGCACCCGUACAACGUGGCUGAGAGCGCCUACCGCCAGCUCUGCGCCGUGCGCGCCGUCAUGCAGAACCAGAGCAUCAUCAUCAGCGGAGAGAGCGGCUCCGGCAAGACGGAGACGUCCAAGAUCAUCCUCGACUUCCUCACCAUGCGCGCGGUGCACAACCCGGCGCUGUCGUCGGCCUCGGCCUCGUGCACAUCCGACGACGAGAUGGAACCGGAGCUCACGGCCCACAAUCGCCCCGUGCUGGGCUGCAUGGGCCCUCCGGGCUCCUCGACGCUCGCCAUGUCGUACCCGCAGUCCAGCGGCAAGAGGAAGCUCUCGCCUGUGGCUGUGGGCGAGCGACUCAUGGAGACGAUCCCGAUCCUCGAGUCCUUCGGCAAUGCCAAGACCCACCGCAACCACAACUCGAGUCGCUUCGGCAAGUACAUGAGGCUGCAGUUCGCCAACGAGACGCACGAGCUCUCGGGUGCGAGUAUCGACACAUAUCUCCUGGAGAAGAGCCGACUGGUGUUCCAGCCCCAGGGCGAGCGCAACUUCCACGUAUUCUACGAGCUGCUGCACUCGGACGACACCGAGUAUCUGGAGAACGCCCUCCACUUGAAGCCCAAGAAGCCCGAGGACUACUCGUACCUGAACCAGUCGGGCUGCAUGCGCUCCGACCUCAUUGAUGACGCUGAGAACUUCCGAAACUUGAAGAGCGCGCUACAGUUCAUUGGCAUCCGAGAGAGCGCUCAGCACGAGAUUUUCCGCCUUGUGGCAGGACUGCUGCACAUGGGCAACAUCCACAUCAGCCAAGAGGACACGGAGGAGGGAGAAACAGCCUGCAUCCGUGAGGACGAUGAGGCAUCGCAGGAGGCUGUGCGUCACGCAUCGGAGCUGCUUGGAGUCUCGAAGGAGCAGCUCACGGAAAGUAUUCUGCUGAAGCGGAUCAUGACGCGUGGCUCCCGACGCAACUCCAUCUACUUUAUCAAGCGGGACGUUCGUAACGCUGUGUACUCGCGUGACACAAUUGCCAAGACGAUCUACGAGAACACCUUCACGUGGCUUAUGUGGGAGUGCGCUGCGGCUUUGGACUACGACUCGUUCCGCAGUGACGUGGUGCCUUACAUCGGUGUCCUGGAUAUCUUCGGUUUCGAGGAUUUUGAGCCCAAGAACCGCAACUCGUUCGAGCAGCUGCUCAUCAACUACGCCAACGAGACGCUGCAGAGUCUCUUUAACGCCUGCAUCUUCGAGGCGGAGCAGGAGCUGUACAAGAGCGAGCACAUCUACCACCCCACUAACCACUCGCUUUCGUUCCCGUUCCCCCUGGCCGGCCAGCCCUUGAAGCUGAAGGACCCGGACAACGAGAUCGACUUUUUGGCAGAGCAGGUGGCUCCCAGUGGUGACCUCGUGGCCUACUCAGACAACCGCGAGUGUUUGAACCUCAUUGCUAGUCGCCACGGUGGCCUGUUCGCUACCAUCGACAACGUGUCGCGGCUUCCGAUGCCGUCGGACCGUAAGCUGAACGAGCGCCUGCACACUCUGUUCAAGCGCCACCCGUGCUUCCCGACGCCCCACCCGAAGGAUAUUCGCGACACUUUCCUCAUCCGUCACUACGCCGGCACUGUAUCGUACACGAUUGACUCGUUCGUCGACAAGAACAACAACAUUAUCUCGGACCAGUUCGAGGAGUUACUCAAGAACUCGUCGUCGCGUGUGCUGCAAGAUUUGACCGGCAACAGCCGUAAUGGCAACCGUGCACGCUCAGCCUCGAACGUAUCGACCAAGUCGGCUGGACUCUCACCGCUGGGUGGCGGCUCGGCGUCUUCGAAGCGCCUCAAGGGAGGUAGUACGUCCAACCUCUUCUCCACGCAGAUGAAGGGACUCACGACGGAGCUGGAGGGUACAAGCUGCAACUUCGUGCGCUGCAUCAAGCCCAACACUCAGAUGAAGGUCGGCCAUUUCGAUCGCCCUUUCGUCGUCGAGCAGCUCCGAUGCUCGGGUACUGUGCAGGCCUGCGAGGUGCUCCGUGUCGGCCUUCCGACUCGAAUUCUGUACGCGGAAGUGGUUGACGUCUACCGCAAUCUGCUGCCGUACGAAGUGUUCCGUCGCUUUGACUCGAACGACAAGCUCUUCACGCAAGCUAUUCUUUGGGCUUACGACUUCCCUACGGGCGCCUACCGCCUGGGUGACACUCGUCUGUUCUUCCGCACGGGCAAGAUUGAUCUACUCGACAAGCUGCUCACACCGGCUCCGGCAUCGACCGAAAACCUGGGUAAGCAGCUGCUGCUCUACCUGCGCAAGAAGCACUGGAUUAGCGUCACUACGGCUGUGAUUACCUUCAACGCGUUCAAGCGCAUUUUCCAGGAUGUUCGGUACAACCGACGUGCUACGAUGAUUCAGUGCAUGGUGCGUCAGCACCUGGCCCGGAAGCGUGUGCGGAAGAUUCGCGUGCAGCUCCGUAUGCACAAGCUCUGGACUCGGAUGUCGCACCAGGCGCAGAUCAUGCACGCGUACCAGGACCGACCCGAGGACAAGAUGGUGCUUCUCGACAAGUUGCUUGCCAAGAACUACCUCCCGGUGCAGCAGCGCUGGCUGCUCAAGUGGCUGGGACCCUUGCAGCGCGUUAUCUACUUGCAGAAGCGCUGGAAGAAGAUCACGGCGCAGUAUAUGGCCAAGCGUGGAUUCUUGUGGCUUUUCGAGACCGUGCGGCGGAAGCGAAGUGCGCUGCGUGUUCAGGCGCAUGUUCGCGCGAUGAUCGCGAGAACCCGAUUCCUCAAUCUCAAGAAGAAGGCCCUGGCUCGUCACCGUUGGCGAGCUGCCUACCUGAAGGUGAAGGUGUUCGGCCUGUUCAACCGCCAGCUGCGGCUGAUCCACGUUGACCGUCUCGAGAAGGACAAUGCAACUUUGAUGAACAGCAUGGCAGCUGUGACCGACAAGCUAAGCGAGGCUCAAGAGGAGGCCAAGAUGGCGAAGCUGCAGCUCAAGAAGCUCCAGGUAUCGUUCGACGAAGUGAAGAUCGAAGCCAAACAGCAGCAACAACGUGUGGAGGAACUGGAGCUGGCUUUGCAGGCCAGAAGGUUCGAGGUCGCAGAGUUGCGGCGGCAGACGACCUAUGGUGGCGGCUUGGUGGAGCGCAUCAUUCGCUUCUUCACCUGCAGUGCCGCCAUCUCCCCGCCGUCGUCGCCUCGAGGCAUGGUCACCCCCUCUCGCUUGCCCACUUUGAGACGACAGACGCAGUCGGCGUCGGAGGAGACCUCUGACAAAGGCGAGCGUAUCGUGUGGGCGACCCCGUUGAGCGAGGCCGUCAUGAUCCCGCAGGAGGAGGACGGCGGUGCAGCCAAGCGGCGCAUCAGCGUCACUGCGGUGAGCGAGGAGCCUGCGUUCGACUCGGAGGAGGAGGAAUUCCGCUCCAAGGACGCCGACAUGCUGUGGUCUGUGUCCAGCACGGGGCCGUCGGAAGUUCCUGCGUUCGUGGCAGAUAGCAACCUUAAUUGA